CUCAUUCUCAACCUCCCCCUUUCCCUUCUUCUCGUCCUUCCUCCUUCGUCCUUCCUCCUUUGGUUCUUCUUCUUCUACUAAGAGUCUAUGGGUUUAGUUAUCGAUACAUUCUCGUCUUCGGACCUGUUAGUCAGCGACGUCCUCUACAAGGCGGCCUUCGUAAUCGCGCUGCUCAGAUGGGCCUUCUACUGGGCCCUGAGACUCCGCCGGAGAAUCUUGUCCGACGAGGAUUCCGAUCUGUUAGAUGCGGAGCUUGACUAUGAAGUAGUACAGUCUUCUUCCUGUACGACGUCUUCUCCUUUGUCGUCGACCCAGUUGAUCAGAGACAGUCUGAUACGGACGACGUUCGAGGAGGUGACCAGACGACAGGGAAACAGCUGUCGUUGGGACACCUGCGCCGUCUGCCUGAGCCAGUUGGAGAUGGGGGACGAGGUCCGGGAGCUGAGGAACUGCUGCCACGUCUUCCACACCGAGUGCAUCGACAGGUGGCUGGACUACAACGGCCAUGAUCAUCACGAUCACGCCGCCCAUGACGACAACCACAAGACGUGCCCGCUCUGCAGGACGCCGCUGCUGACGUCAUCGCAGAUCCACAGCCUGAGCUGGGAGCAGAGGUCUCAGCCGAGCUGGGCUGUGGAGAGACUGCUCUAUCUUUUUGGGGAGGAUCUGGUGCUAUAGUUUUGGUUUUCGUCUGGAUUUUGGAAUUUAGUGUGUAAAUAAAUUACUAAAUUGUGAUUCUUAAUUAGUCCAAGAAAAUAGUAGAUGGAAUUUUGUGGA